AUGGGACGCGAUAAAAAGCAGCCAACAAAGGCCAAAAAGGGUAGCAAGGGAUCAAGCAAAGGUGAUGCCGGCGAGCUCAAUGAGAAAUUAAGAGCCGGAGAACACUUAGAAGAUAUUGAUCCUAUGGAGGUCAGGUUUACACACUCGAAAAUAAGUCCUACAUUUUCAUGUGGACGGAAGCUGGAAGAUACCUUGGCAGAGUUGGUAGAUGAGAGCCUGAGAGUGUCGCAACUGCCAAAGAUUACGGUUUUGUAUGACAAGGAAGGAUAUAUGUACAGCAUGAACAAUCGCAGGCUCUGGACACUGAAGAACUUGAGAGAAAAAGGGGGCAUACCCAACAAUAGA